GUUUCCGCCUUUACGGUGUCAAAAUUUGUGACGUCGAUAUCAACAAACUUCAGUAUGAAAUUAAGAGUGAGAGUCAAUAAGCAGACCAGCCGUGUGGAGCUGGAGGGAGCAGAGCCCACUCUGACUGAUCUCACUGUCCAAGUGAAGGAGGUGCUGUUGCCUUCGACUGGUCUCAGUGCGGAUACAGAGUUCAGUCUGUCUCUGAACGGGAAGGAGCUGCUGGUGGACACAGGGCAGUCACUGUCCUCAUGUGGGGUGGUGUCGGGGGACAUGAUCAGUGUGAUUCUGCCUCAGAGUAGGGCUUCCUCCUCUCAGCCACCACCCCCUUCUUCCCAGGCUAACACCAGAGCAGCAGUUCAGCAGAGCACACAGCAGAAUCACACUGUGUCCAUCAUGCAGCGCUCCAGUGAUGAAUCGGGCACCAGCAGCAGCCAUAGUGGCAGAAAGAGAACAUGUAAUCCAGAGACUGAGGAGAAGCUGGAGAAAGGGGAGGAUGAGGAGGAGGCAGUGGGGCCUUUCAUCCCUGAGCCCAUGCUGUGCUGUGAGGCUGAGCUGGGGAAGGUUCCUCAUUCUCUGGAGAUGCUCUUCCAGGCUGCACAGUGCAACAGCUCGUCAGACUGCCUGCUGGUGGCUGCACAUUUACUGCUGCUGGAGACCGGCUUCCUGCCACAGGGUUGUGAUGUCAGGACUGGACAAAUGCCCAGUGGUUGGCGUGCAGCAGGAGGCGUCUAUAGGCUGCAGUACACUCACCCUCACUGUGAGAACAGCCUGGCAUCGGUGGUUGCCGUACCAAUGGGCCAAACACUCGUCAUUAAUGCCACUCUGAAGACGAACAGCACAAUGGAGAGUGCAAGGAAGCUGGUCCUGAAACCAACUGCAUACGUGACUGAGGAGUGGGCAGGUGGAAAUGCUGGAGCUGCCUACAAAGACAUGCAGAAGCUAUCUCGUGUUUUUAAGGACCAGUUGGCUUACCCACUUCUGGCAACAGCUAGAGAAGCCCUAGGACUGCCUGCCCUCUUUGGUCUGGCUGUACUGCCUCCUGAGCUACUGCUGAGGAUUCUGCGGCUGCUGGAUGUUCACACUAUCCUCUCAUUGUCUGCAGUCUGCACACACCUGCACUCCGCCACACAAGAUCCCACGCUCUGGAGACACCUACUGCACCGUGACUUCAGAGCGUGUAUUCGACCUGACAGUGAGCACAGAGACACAGACUGGAAAGAGCUUUACAAAAGAAGAUAUAAGCAGAGAAAGGAAUUGAGUAGAUGCAGGGCCAGAUGUUACCCCUACCCUAUGCCCUCCAUUUACCCUUUCACUCCAGUCCCCACACCCCCUGUGCCCCUGCCCCUUCACCCACCAGGCAUCAUCGGCGGAGAGUAUGAUCAGAGACUGUCCAUCCCACAAGGCAUUCUCCCCCGCCCACGCUAUGACCCUAUUGGCUCUCUGCCAGGUCAUCAGCCAGGUAUGGGGAUUCCCACUGGCCGCCGUUCACUGAGACCAAGCGGGAUCCGACCAGCAGAUAUCAGGAGAGGCUUCAUCUGAAUUCAUCAGCUUCUGCUUCAUGUCUUACAGACACUAAUAAAAGCUACUGGACAUACCAAAGCAAGCAAACUUGCACUGAUACUUCCACACAUUCUGCUUCUAACUACUCAAGUUUAAUUUGAUAUAUGUUUCAGAGAGGUAUGUGGUUAUCAUUCUUUUCAUUAUGGGUCAAUGUUGCAAGAUACCAGAGCAAGCAAAACAUGCGUGCAAACAGAAAAGGAUCUUGUACAGUAUUUAUGAAGUCAGCAAUUAUACACCUUCGUCAUCACUGGUGCAGCAGGCCCAAAGCAGAAAAUGAUAAUUGGCAGGUAAGAACAGGGCAAAUUACCAAAUAUUAUCAGAUAUAAUUUCCCAGAAUGGUAUCAGCCUGUUUUUUUUCUUUUCUUGGUUACAUAUACAUCAAAUCUGAUUUACAAUGUUUUCUUGCAUUCAAUAUCAUUCAGUUGCAAGUGAUUACAUACACUGUGAUUUAAACAAUGAUCUGUCAAUGUCUAAAGAGUUCAUGCAGCCCUAAUUUUAAUCAACUGUCUUUAACAGAGACUUUUUUGAAUGGAUAUUGGAAACAAAUAUCUCUCUAAUUUAACCUCUAAUUAGAGUUUGCAAAAUAUGUAACUGGAAUAGUGCUUGAAUUUGCUUGCAUGUGCUGCAGUUUAGACCCUAACAUGAAGUGACUUUGGAAUUGCUCUUAUUCCAAAUCUGCUAUCAGCACGUACAGAAACCGGUGUGCCAUUUAGGAAUAAACAUUUUUCCAUCUCA